AUGCAGACUGCUUCUACAUUUGUGAAAGAAUGGGUCCCUCUCAGGAGCUCAGUGAAUUCAAGCGUGGUACCGUGAUAGGUCGCCACCUGUGCAAUAAGUCCAUCUGUGAAAUGUCCUUGCCACUAAAUAUUCCACAGUCAACUGUUAGUGGUAUAAUAACAGAGUGGAAGCAACUGGGAACAACAGCAACUCAGCCACAAAGUGGUAGGCCAUGUAAAAUGACAGAGCAGGGUCAGCCCAUGCUGAAGCACACUGUCUGCAGAGGGUUGUGCUUGGCCUCUUAGUUCCAGUGAAGAGAACUUUUAAGGCGUCAGCAUACCAAGACAUUUUGGACAAUUUCAUG